AUGGAUGAGCAUGUGACUAUAGCUGUAAAACUGAAGAAGAGAUUAUCUCACAAGUCUGCAUGCUUCACAGAAAAUGUUCGUCCAAAUGUUGUGAUAAAUGCUUUACAAUGGCUUAUGAAAAAUUCUGAAUUGUAUAAGAAUUCAGGUAUAGUGAUAGACCAUUCUUGGAAAGAUAAAAUUGAAAAAAGUACUGAGGAAACGGUACAAGAACUGAUAGGAUCUUCAAAUGAUAGUGAUGAUCGUGAGACUGAAGGAAAUGAUGAUGGUUUUUGUGAAGUUUCUUCAGAUGAUUGUAUUCAAGGCAAUUCUGAUACACUUGUUGAUGAAGCAGACAUUGAUACAAAUAAACUUUAUGUGUUUGCUCCUGGGGAAAACCAAAAACCAAUAAGUUUAUUUACAGAUAAAGAUGCAGAAUAUCUCUGUUUUCCGACAAUAUUUUGUGGUCAUCGUAGGACUGAAAGUGAGGAAAGAGUAGUUCCAGUACACUACAGUGAUAUUGCAAAAUGGGAGUUGCGCAGUGUUGAUAGACGAGCAGCACAAUCUGUACCUAACAUCUUUUUUAAAUUGAAGAAGAUUCAAAUUAAGCAAGUUAGUGACAAAGUUAACUUGGCACUGAGAAGAUGUAAAUCUGAGGGUAAGAAAAUCACUGCAGAACAAGUUUUAAAUCCAGUUUCUGCAGAAAAAAUUGUAAGAUUAAAUGAAGGGUAUUAUAUAUUCAGAACACUUAGAAAUUCUCCUGCAUAUCUUUCAUCUAAAAAGAAAGAUGUCUUUGCCAUGAUAAGGCAGUUGGGUCUUCCAACCUGGUUUAUAUCUCUCUCAUCAGCUGAUACCAGAUGGCAAGACCUGCUUAAAACAUUGGCAAUGCUAGAUGGAAAAUCCAUGUCACAAGAAGAAUUAGAGGCUAUGAGCUGGAAUGAAAAAUCAAAACUAGUGAAACAAGAUCCAGUGACAUGUGCAAGAUUCUUUGACAACAGAGUUCAACUCUUUAUCAAUACUGUUCUUAAGAGUCCUCACAAUCCUCUUGGUGUUGUCACUGAUGUGUUUCGAAGAGUAGAAUUCCAGAACAGAGGUUCACCACAUAUUCAUAUGCUGGUAUGGACAAGUGAUGCUCCAAAGCAUAAGGAAAAUAGCAAUGAGGAAAUUGAAGCUUAUGUAGAUAAGUAUGUCACAUGUGGUUUGCAGGAAAAUAAUCCUCAAAUGAAGCAGCUUGUAGAGCUUCAAGUACAUAAACACUCAAAGACUUGCAAGAAAGGUGGUAAAUCUGUGUGCCGAUUUGGAUUUCCAUUGCCACCUUUGCCCAAAACGAUGCUUCUUGAACCCUUGGAUGUUGAUGUUGAGCAUUAUAAAAAGAUGUAUUCUGAUAUUCAGAAGAAAAUGAAUGAUUACAAAGAUGGUUGCAGUCUAGACUAUGAGUUCUUCUUACAGACUGUUGUAGGAAUGUGUCAGGAUGAGUAUAUAAAAUGUAUUCGAGCAUCCCUGAAAGGUCCCAAAGUGUUUCUCAAGAGAAGUCCAUCUGAAAUGAGAGUGAAUUACUACAAUCCAUCAGUGCUAAAGGCUUGGAAUGCUAACUUAGAUAUUCAGUUUGUACUUGAUCCUUAUGCCUGUGCCACAUACAUUGUUGCUUACAUCAGCAAAUCUCAAAGAGGAAUAAGUGCAAUGCCUGAUAAGGCAUCUCAAGAAGCUGCAGAGGGAAAUAUGGAUCUGAAGCGUCAAGUUCGACAUAUUGGAAACAAGUUCUUAAAUUUUGUUGAGGUCAGUGCACAAGAGGCAAGCUAUUUGAUCCUUCAGAUGCCUCUUACACAAGCAAGUAGAGAGGUCGUUUUUAUAAAUACCUCACCACCUGAAGACAGAGUUUUUUUACUCAAACAUCAAGAUGAACUGAAUGAGUUACCAAAAGACUCGACUGACAUUAAGGCAGAUGGUAUGAUACAGAGAUACGCAAGAAGACCAAAACAACUAGAAAAUUGGUGUCUAGCUGAUGUUGUUUCCAAAAGAAAUGUUUCCAAAAGAAAUGGAAAAAGAUGUGCAAGAGGAAGUAGUUGUCAAACUUAUGAACAGCAUUACAGGCAAAAAGCAAGUGUAAUAAAUCUGAAGCAAAAGCAAUAUGAACAUUUUGUGGAUGAAUUGGAACAAGCCCAACUUCAAGCUGAAGAAGAUCUUGAUAAUAUGGAGACAGUAGCACCAAAUACAGAACAUGCUGAGGCAGAAGAUGCAGAGAUAGGUUCUGAACCAUCGGAGGAAUUUGUUCAUUAUGAUCCUGACACAGUUCAACAUAGAGAUUUUGACAUUGGUCCGGAACUGGGCUUGUCCUUAAAAGUAACUGAAACAGAAAUGAGUGCUGUCCGCAUUCCAGAUCAGCAGUAUUAUAAACUUUUGCAGACAAUGAAUACAAAGCAGAGAGAAUUUUACAAUCAUGUAAUAAACUGGAUUCAAAUUAGAGAUGAACCAUUAUAUGCUUUUCUUACUGGUGGAGCAGGUGCAGGAAAAUCUGUGGUUAUUGAUGCCAUUUUUCAAACGUUACACAGAAUACUGUACUCAAAAGAAGGAGAAAAUCCAGAUGAUAUUAGAAUAUUACUUUGUGCUCACACUGGCAAAGCUGCAUACAACAUCAAGGGGACUACUAUAGCAUCAGCAUUUCACAGGAAAAUGUAUCAAACACAGCAGCACAUGAGUGCAGAUGAAUUGAACUCAUUUAGGACAAAGUACCGGAAUUUGUCAGUUGUGAUAAUAGAUGAAAUUUCAAUGGUUGGAAAUAAUAUGCUGACAUUUAUAAAUGAUAGACUUCAACAACUUACUGGUAAAAGACAAGAUUUUGGUGGUAUUAGCAUCAUAGCUGUUGGUGAUUUGUAUCAGUUGCCACCUGUUGGAGACAAGUGGAUUUUUAAAGACCUUUCUAAUCCUUUUCAGAGUUUAGCAAAAAAUUUGUGGCAUGAACAUUUUCACAUGCAUGAAUUAACUGAAAUUAUGAGACAAAAGGAUGACCUCAGAUUUGCUGAAAUGUUGAAUAGACUUCGUGAAAACAAGAUGACAGAUGAAGACAAAGAACUUAUUUCUCAACGCAUCAUCAGGCAAGACUCUGAAAUCUAUCCUAAACAGGCACCUCAUCUGUUUAUUGAGAACAAGUUUGUUGAUUGUUUUAAUAACAAUUUAAUAGAAAACCUUUCAACAAUUAAGGUAAAUGUAAGAGCAGACACAGAUGUAUUAUCACAGACAAAACUCUCUGCAUCAGUGAAAUCCAAACUAGUUCAAAAUUUGCCUGAAAACCCGGCAUCUACUGGACAAUUAAGAACUAAUCUGGUUAUUGCUGUGGAUAUGCUAUAUGAUAUAUCAGUGAAUCUUGAUGUUACAGAUGGAUUGACAAAUGGAGCUUCAUGUGUUGUGAAGUACAUUGAUUAUAAACAAUCACAAUUAAGGCCUGCCAUCGUAUGGGUUCUGUUUCUGGACUCAAAUAUAGGAAGACCUAUGAGAGAGUUCAGUUUCCACUCCAACCAUCAGCUGGAAAGACAAUCCAUAAAGCACAAGGAGCAACUCUUUCAAGUGCAGUAA